CAACACUACUUUAAAGGCUUAAGCCAUUCCCAAUUUCCCAUCUCUUUCUCAACUCUCUCCACUUGCUAAAGUCUAAAAGAAGAGAAGAAAACCAAGAACAACAAAAAGAAUACAGAGAAAAAAAACCAUGUCUUCUCCAAGCAAGCGGCGAGAGAUGGACUUGAUGAAGCUGAUGAUGAGUGAUUACAAGGUGGAGACGGUUAAUGAUGGAAUGCAAGAGUUUUAUGUCCAUUUCCAUGGACCCAAAGACAGUCCUUAUCAUGGUGGUGUGUGGAAAGUAAAAGUUGAGUUGCCGGAUGCUUAUCCUUAUAAAUCUCCUUCCAUUGGCUUUGUCAAUAAGAUCUAUCACCCAAAUGUUGAUGAGAGGUCAGGAUCAAUUUGUCUGGAUGUUAUCAAUCAAUCCUGGAGCCCCAUGUUUGAUCUUGUUAAUGUAUUUGAGGUGUUUCUACCACAACUUCUUCUGUAUCCCAAUCCAUCAUCCCCCAUGAAUGAAGAAGCUGCUGCUUUAAUGAUGCGUGACAAAGCUACUUAUGAUCAAAGGAUUAAAGAGUACUGUGAGAGGUAUGCUAAACCGGAAGACAUAGGGGAAGCCACUGGAGAGAAGUCUAGUGAUGAGGAGAUGAGUGAAGAUGAACAUGAUUCUGAUGAUGAACAGGUAGCUGGUAAAGCAGAUCCCUAGCUUGAUAUGCUUGCCCUCUUUCAUAAUUCUAGUUCUGUUAAUUCACCUCACUACAUGUAAUGAACUUGAUUGUGGAUAAGAGGGAAAAUUCCCCUUCCAGUUAAUUUUCUGUCACUGUAAAUAAUGUACCAUUGAUUUCCUGAUGCAAUGUUAUUUCAGCUCUUUCAAGGCA